UUUCUCCCCAGAUUUACCCAACAACAAAAAUUCACAAUCGCGCUUCUUCAGCUCAUGAACAACAAUAACAUUCUCUACAAUCAACGCAAAUGACAUGUAAUUUGCGGCAAUCCACACAAAUUAUACACUAGAUCGAAUCGCGACCGUUUCAGGGUUACACAAAUGGGAUCGUACAGGGCGGAUGAGGACUACGAUUACCUCUUCAAGGUGGUGUUGAUCGGCGAUUCCGGCGUCGGAAAAUCAAAUCUCUUGUCACGCUUUACGAAGAAUGAGUUUAGCCAGCAGUCCAAAUCGACAAUCGGCGUCGAGUUCGCCACGCGAUCUAUUCAGGUCGAUGAUAAGGUCGUCAAGGCCCAGAUUUGGGAUACUGCCGGCCAAGAGAGGUACCGUGCAAUCACUAGUGCAUACUACAGAGGUGCAGUUGGGGCUCUACUCGUGUAUGAUGUGACACGCAACGUGACCUUCGAGAAUGUGGACAGAUGGCUGAAGGAGCUCAGGGGGCACACGGACUCAAACAUCGUGGUGAUGCUGGUAGGGAACAAGGCAGAUCUGCGUCACCUACGCGCCAUCUCCACGGAGAAGGCCAAGGCCUUUGCAGAGAGGGAGCACACAUUUUUCAUGGAAACAUCGGCCUUGGAGGCCUUGAACGUGGAGAGCGCCUUCACGGAGGUGCUGACAAGCAUCUACCACGUCGUGAGCAAGAAGGCUCUCGACAUAGGGGAUGACCCCUCAGCUCUGCCAAAGGGCCAAACUAUCAACAUUGGGAACAAGGAUGAUGUAUCUGCUGUCAAGAACAGCGGCUGCUGCUCGGGCUAGUUUUUGGUUAGGGAAAUAGUGAUGGAACUUGGGAGAUGUAUAGUAAGUGCCAAACAUUUCAAUUCUUUAGUUGUUUGGUUGUGUUAACAAAAAUGGAAUUAGAUUCUUCCGUUCUACAAUGAGAGGAUGUGGAUUUAUUGAUUGA